AUUCAGCUAAUGGUUCUUUAAAUUUCUGUCCUGAAAAUAUUGUUUCUAAAGUCAAUAAUAUACGAAAAUUGUUUAACAGACACAAUUACAGACUGUAAAUACAAUGAUUUUACAAUAACAGGAAUAAGUAAUGCAACUUUAGAAAGUUGUGGUUCAAGUCCUAAAAACUUAAUGAUAGGCCCUUAUGGAUUUUAAACUACUGUAACAAAGACUUUUACAAACAUUCCACCAAAUAAUUAAUUAGAAUUCUCUGUAGGAAUAUGGAAAUUAGAUUCGUGGGAUAAGGAAGGUUUUGAGGUUUACGCUAAUGAUAUAUUAUUGGAAAAUUUAAUUUUGGAUUUGCAUGAAGGAACUAUGAUAUGUAGAAGUGUAAUUUGGGAAGAUAAAUUAGUCAUUGUUACAAAGAAAUUUUAAAUAACAGAAUCUCAGGUAACAAUAAAGUUAAAAGACAAUUUAAAUAAAGAUGUUUGGGGAGAAGAUCUUUGGGAUGGUAUUUAAAUAAAUAAAAUCAAGAAUCAUGGGGAUUUAGAGAAUUUAUUUUAAGAGUUUCUGUUCCUUGUGUUAAUUUUUAUAGUGAAUGCAAUUAUUUGGGAACAUUAUUCUAAAUAUGUCAAGGAGAAUAAUCAAAAAUGUAGCAUAUAAUUCCAUUUCAGAUCAAAUCCAUACUUAUGGGUCCUGGAAUCAUUGUAAAAGUGAAAGGUCCAAACUAUUUUGGAGGAUUAAUUAAAGAAUUUACUACUUCAGACCCUUGCUUUGAUAGUUAUUAAGUUAUACCUAAUUUAUUAUUUCUUAGUUUCCAAAAGUUAUAUAUGAAGAAUGAGCAUAACAUAAAUUUUAUAAUAUAUAUGUUAAUUUUUAAUGGUUCAGUAUUUAAUAUUAAAAUAAAUAUUUCCGAUAAAAUACAAGUAUCAAAAUUUAAUCAAAGUUUAUUUGAAUUUUUGAUCUAGGGUUUCAAUAUAGAUUUAAAUGUAUAUAAAUCGAUAAGUUUCUUAGAAAUUAAAAAGAAAAUAAAAUAAGAUUCUUUAACUCAAAUAUUUAGCUUGUUAGAGUAGCUCUUUGGAUUAUAAAAAUUAGAUUAACUAAAUAAAAUGA